GAAUUCUAAGCAACUCAAUUACAUCUAAAAUCUUUGGAAUGCCAUCUUCAAAUUCCUCUUCAUCUGCGCAACCAGACCAAGACGAAAACCCACGGCCAAACGCACAAUCAACAUCAUCCUUCCCAAUUCUCUAUAUCCUCUUCGUACUAAUCUUCCUCAUCGCGCUCUUCCCGCCCCUCUUCCACGCCCUCUGGACUCUCCCUCUCAAACUACUCCUCCCAAGCACAUACAGCUCCGCUCUCUCGCCCGCCCGCUAUACCAAACCAGCCAUCAUGUCCUGGACGCAAAAGACCAUUUCUCUUCCCUCCAAAUCCCGCGGCUCAUAUCUCGUUACAGACCACAUCGUCUCCUCAAUCCCCGAAAUCAAGAACUACAAAGUUGGGCUUCUUAAUCUAUUCAUUCAACACACAAGCUGCGCAAUUAGUUUGAAUGAGAACUGGGAUGAAGAUGUCAGGGCUGAUAUGAGUGAUGCGUUGGAUAGGAUUGCGCCAGAAGAUAGAAAGGGAGAGUUGUAUAGACACAGUGCGGAAGGAUUAGAUGACAUGCCGGCACAUAUCAAAUCAGCGUUGGUCGGAGCAAGUGUUACGAUCCCCAUCACGAAUGGAAAGUUGAACACAGGUACAUGGCAAGGAAUAUGGUAUUUGGAAUUCAGAUCUAGCAAACAUACUAGGAAGGUUGUUGCUACGAUCCAGGGCGAGAAGAUGUAAAUUUAAGAAAAUCGAUUGCUCCGAUGGGUUGGCUAUUUGGACAUGUGAAAUGGGCAGCGUUCCGGUUCUUUCGCCUUGUUUACGUCAAAUGUUCCUUCUUGAUUUUUGAGUGAACUUUUCCUCGGUCAUUUUCACCCACAAGGCUCCAUUGAUAUCUGAGCUGAAGCUCAAUAUUGAGGCGACCUAGGUAGACCAAGGCUGGCUUUCAAUCUUCCUCACAUGAUGUUCAGCUGGACAGAUUGGAACGUUUUAAUGAUGAGGAGCACA